AUGAAGUUUAUUAACACUCUCUCGCUACUGAUCGGCGCCGCCGCGGCCAGCCCUUUCCAAGUCGGUCGCCGCGACAGCCAGAACCCCGAUAAAUUCCUUCUCAAGACCUCUGGAUCUGAGAACCCUGACCACAACGACCUCUACGUUUACGGAUAUCACACGGGCGCUGGUCUCAACGAUGCUGUCCUUACGCCGGAUGUCGAGACUGCUAGCACUGGUUUCCUGAACGGCACCAAGCUUCAGUUCGACUACGACACUCAGUUCUCAUGGGGCAUGAAUCCCGUGGGCGUUACUAACUACGCUGCAUGGCAAUUCGUCCAGAUCAAUGCGGGGGCUAGCCAAGAUGGCUUCUCCGUUAACAGCACUGGCCUGCAAUUCUCACAAGAGAAGGGCUUCGGUGGCUGGCUGGUGUGCGAUUGGUGGCACAACGCACCCCAGCUUUUCUACCUCUACCGCUACUACACGGCCCAGUACCCCGGCUCCUGCAGCGAAGUGAAGCUUCUGACCGAGCCUGCUGCGUGA